UGAUCUCACAGCAAACCGAGUCCCCCUCCUAAUCUCAGGAAUGACAUCCGAACGAGAAGAAAUCAUGGAGUUAUACAUUGAAACAAAUGGGGAAUUUGAACUUUCACAUUAAGAAUAGUGCAUCCAAUAAACUGCAUACACUUCAGAUUGGUGAUCAACUUCAUGGUUGAGAAAGUGGAAUCAACGGGCUCGGUCCGUUAUCGCCUGUGUUAGAGUGUGCCGGGUGAUGGCAAACAUGUCCGGGGAAGAGGACGGGUGUCCCGAGGCGCUGCUGGUCUCCGAGGUCGGGCCCAACUGGCUCCGCGCGGAGAACGAGCGCCUGACGCGGGAACUGAGCGAGACGAGCCGCGAGAAGAUCCAGGCGGCGGAGUACGGGCUCGCGGUGCUGGAGGAGAACCAGCAGCUCAAACAGCGCUUCGAGGAGCUGGAGAGCGACUAUGAGAGCGUCAGACAAGAGCUGGACCAGCUCAAAGAGGCAUAUGGCCAGGUUCACUCCACCCAUAGAAAGGUGGCUGCAGAUGGGGAAAGCAGGGAGGAGUCCCUCAUCCUUGAGUCAGCAUCUAAAGAGGCGUACUAUGAGCAGAGAGUGCAGGAACUGCAAGCUGACCUGCGACAAACAAAAAACACCCUCACCAGCACCCAGGCGGAGAAUGAACGUCUGGCCACCCAUGCACUCGAGCUGAGAGAGAAUAAUGAGCUUGUGGAGCUACAGCGCAGUCGCCUGCAUGACGACAUUAGAGAGUACAAGAUCCGAGAGUCUCGUCUGCUGCAAGACUACACUGAACUGGAAGAGGAGAACAUCAGCCUUCAGAAACAAGUCUCCACCCUUAAACAGGGUCAGGUGGAGUUCGAGGGACUAAAGCAUGAGAAUCGACGCUUGGAAGAGGAAGUGCAGUACCUAAACAGCCAGCUAGAGGAUGCUGUUCGGUUACGCGAAAUAGCUGAGCGUCAGCUAACAGAGGCUCUAGAAACUGUAAAGACCGAACGGGAGCAGAAAGCAGCUCUUCGAAAAGAAUUGACACAUCACAUGACCCUGGGAGACUCCCUUCUUGCCAGCUCAUUGGAUGGGCUCAAACUGAGUGCAGAUGAACCAAAUAACGACGAGGCCAUUUUGAAGUUUGAAAACGGAUUAGCUAAAGUCAGCGACGUUAACGACGAAGAUAAUAGAUUGUCUUCUCCCAAAAGAGAUGGAAACUACCGUCCCGCACCAAGUCUGGUGGAUGACUUGUUGACAGAGCUGAACAUCUCUGAAAUCCAGAAACUUAAGCAACAGCUCUUACAGGUGGAACGAGAGAAGGUGGCUCUUCUCACCACUUUACAGGACUCUCAGAAGCAGUUAGAGCAUGCUCGAGGAGCAUUAGCUGAACAGCAGGAGGCUAUGACGAGACUUAGCGAUGAUUUGGGCGUAAUGAGGAGAUUGCAGGCAGGCAAGGAGCGGCAGUCAGCCCUGGACAGUGAGCGAGAGCGGGACAGUCGAGAGGACAAUGAUGUGGACUAUUAUGAGCUGGAUAUCAAUGGACCAGAGAUACUUCGCUGCAAGUAUGAAGUAGCCAUAGCAGAGGCAGGUGAACUGAGGGAGGAGCUGAAGGCACUAAAAUCGGAGCAUGAUGAGAUGAAGGCCGAGCAUGAGGAGGUACGGGCACGACUGGAGGGACACGUGCGUGACCUCAGUAUUCAAGUGUCUCAUUUGGAGAGCAGCAGCCGUGCAGACCGUGAUCAAGUCGCUCGGUUGGAAAAGGAGCUGAAGGAAGUGAGUGCAGUUGCCGGCGAGACAGAAGGCAGUCUCAGCGUUGCCCAGGAUGAGCUUGUUGCCUUUAGUGAAGAGCUUGCAAACCUCUACCACCAUGUCUGCAUGUGCAACAACGAAACCCCGAAUCGUGUCAUGCUCGAUUUCUACAAAGAGGGUAAAGGAAACAAGACCGACGGUAAAGAUCUUCAGUCUACGUUGACGCAAACCAGUGACAGCACAGCCGAGACACCGAGAUCCAACUCCACCGCCGCUGACAGUUCGACUUCUGGGACACCAGUCAGAGAAGAUCCACGUCCUGAACCAAUGGACAUCUACAACCUAGUAGCAAUAAUUCGCGAUCAGAUACGCCACUUGCAGAAAGCGGUGGAUCGUACCACAGUACUAUCUAGGCAAAGAAUUGCUUCUCUAGAGUUGGCCGCAGUGGCGGAUAAAGACCAAGCUGCUUACAUGGAGGAGAUUUUGAAGCUCAAGUCCCUGCUGAGCACUAAGCGAGAACAGAUUGCCACCCUGAGGACUGUGCUCAAGGCCAAUAAACAUACAGCAGAGGUUGCCCUGGCAAACCUAAAGAGCAAAUAUGAGAAUGAAAAGGCCAUGGUCACCGAAACCAUAAUGAAGUUGAGGAACGAGCUGAAGGCUCUUAAAGAAGAUGCCGCCACAUUCUCCUCUCUCAGGGCAAUGUUCGCCACCAGGUGUGAUGAAUACGUAACACAAUUGGACGACAUGCAGAGGCAGCUGGCUGCAGCAGAAGAUGAGAAGAAGACUCUGAACUCCCUCCUGCGUAUGGCCAUCCAGCAGAAACUGGCCCUUACACAGAGAUUGGAGGAUCUGGAGUUUGACCACGAGCAAUCCCGAAGAGGAUCCGGUGCUGGGCCAGGCAGCCGUGGAAAGGCUUCAUCUGGCCGUGGCAGGGGACCCUUAUCGUUUUCCAGUCCCCAUGUAAGUCCUAGACUUCCCUGUAAGAACCGACCGCAACCACACGGCCUCAUUGGAAGUCCUGCGGUUUUCUGCAGUGAGAAGUAUAAAAUUCUGUGUGACACUGGAUCCGAUUAACACCUGUGUGUAACUGUCACUCGUCAGCAUAACUAACAUUCCUUUUACUGUAUGUGUGCUUGGGAUAAAACAAUGCUAGCAUGUCACUGUUUAUGCUAACAGUUCUGAUGGCUUCAUUAAUACAAGUCAGUCAGUCCUUCUCCUAUAAAUCUACCUGGAGAGAUUGGAUGGCUUGGCAAUGCCAUACUAUCUACUAAAGUUAUCACAAUCACUACAAGUAAAAGAAAUUACUACAAUAUUUUUUUUUGUAAUAGGCUAAUUCCAAUAUUUGGAUACCAAAUUGAGUCUCUUUUGUGACUUAUUAUCGAGGAGUACCAGUACUCUUGACAUUUGUACUACUUACAGUACUAGUUUUUUGAAAGAAAGCAGGUUGUAGUGCAUGCAAAGUUCUGGUAUGCAUUGAUUAACUGCAUGACCUACCACAUUUGACAUUGUUUAGUAUAUAACCAGAGCACACUGUACAAACAGAUAAAUUGGAUUCAGUUGCAACUAAACUCGCUGAAACUUGGAUAUCUAUAAACAAGUAUUGAGGAAACGAUACUUGGAAAAUGUCUAAACAUGGUAAAAUACAUUUACAUUUGUCUAAAUUUGUCUUUUCUCUCUGAAUGUCUGAGCCCAAUGUUUCUACUUUCACCCAACCAGCAUUGAUUGUCAUUGAGUUCAACCCAGUUUCACAAAGCUAGUCUGUUAAUCUCUGUGUCAGUGCAAAUAAAUCUGUGUAAUCCCGACAGAGACGCACUUUACUGAGCCUGAUGGGUGCUUUGCAAUCCAGGUUGCAACCCUAAAGGACAUAAUUGAUGCUACAGAUUUUGUGGCUAAAAAAUGACAAAAUUGAGAGUUGUCAUAGAUGAUGUCUAGAAUUAUAGAGUUUUUUGCACACUUUGUCAUCCGUGUCUUUUGUUGGUUUUGUUCAUACUAUUUCAUCUAGCCUUUCAGCCAGCAUAACACAUUGUCCAUGUUGUCUUUACAGUGUGACUCUGAACCACUGUAGCAUGCAUGAUCUGUUGCUCUCAGUUUUAACCGUUUAUAUUAGUUGGCAUGCUGUCUGUUGAGUCUUUUGCUUCCUGCAGUCCAUUGCAUCUGGAAAAAAUGAGUCUUCCCUGUUUUGCUGUGUACUAAUGGGUCUAACCUGUCUCAGUGUUGACGGUAACUUUCACUAUGUCCAGUGUGAUCAGCUUGACUUAAGAUAAAUUAAUUAUUUACAAUACAUUUGGAUCAGUUGUGAUGUAAUAUUUCUGAUGAUCGUUUUGUUUCUCAAUUUUGCAGUAAUUUUAUUAGCUCUGGAGAUUAUCCGCAAAUGGUUAUUUCCCUCUUCCUUCGCUCUGCACAUACGUCCAGAAUACACAUGUCUGCUCCAAUUAUGGAAACAAGAAAUUUGUCCCUGGAUGUGGCUGCAAGAAAACACACAGGCUCACAUGUAAAGCCAACCGAUCUAUGUAAUCAUGAUUCUGACUGUUACUGUGGUAUUUUUUUUCUGCUUUAUUUUUGUUUAAUGUGCACCUUUAGUUCAUUAGUUAUGUAAGAGAUGCACAUUUCAGUAUACUUGGCACAUUUUUUUGUUUUGUUCUUGCGAAUGUUAUGUAUUUAACUGAAAAACAAAAAUAAUAUAAGAACUGUGGUUUGUUUAUAGUCUUUUAUGCUUAACUGUCAGGGUCUAAGCAUAUUCCAGGGAGAACGAUUAUGUUAAUAAGGCCUAUAUUUGUUUCUUGUUCUGUUCAAUAGUCAAACAUUCUAACUGAACAUUAUCUUGCUAUCAUGUAGUGUAGCUCCACUUAAGGAACAAUAAGUUUGACUUUGACUGAAAAGUUUGGAGUCAAUUUUCAUAGUGGGUCAAGCAUAUGUUAAAUUCAAGACAUAAAAAUCUAUAUCAAUUCCAAAUUGGAAUACUUUCUACUUUUUUGCCAAAUACUGCAUUAAGGUCAGCAUUUUGUAUUUUACAUUGCAAUACAUAUUUGUUUUAGACAUUGAUUAUCUGUUUUGUAUUACCCUCUCAUAAGACCUCCUGUGCCUUUUAUGCAACGUUUGAUGAACAAUUCUAAGAGCCAUAGUCUUCAGUAUUUCUGUCAGUCUCGCUAUAGAUCUAGCCCACUUGGCCCACAUCUAAUUUGGACAAUAAUUAAACAUUUUCGGAAUGUCAACUCAGAUUGCUCGUUUAGGAGAUUUUAAAUGUUAUUAGGCGUGUUAAAAUCAUACAUUCCUUUGAGGAAGUAAUGAUUUCUGAUGGCGGUCAUCAUGGCUGUCUGUAGAUAUUGGUAGUCAUUAUUUUCCUAUGCGUAGCCUUGCUAAUAAUUUUGUUAUUUGUUUGUAUUUCAGCAAGCAGAAAACUUUGCCUCAGAACAUUAGUGCCAUUUAAAAUUUAAGACGUUUUAAAGUUUUAAAAGACCUUUUUCUUUUCUUUUUCGUCUGACUACAAAUUAAGUGCAAUUUUGUGCUGUUUCUGGAGUGUAUGCAAUAGUUUUCUAUUUGCUGAAACCGCUUCAUCAGCCAUGUCAUAGCUUUAUAUGACAUUUUGAAUUUAUUUUUACACAUUUUUAUGGAAUGACCUCACAUGUUUGUUAUUAUUUAUUCAUAACCUUGGCUAUCAGUUCAGUAUUAAUGAUUAGGUUUGUAUGCAUUAUUACUGGCACAUGUGCUGCCUCUUUGCAUUUCUACUUGAAAUCUUACAGGUACAAUGUAAGCUAUACUGCCUCGCCUGUGUUUUUUUUUUUUUUUUACAGUGCUGAUGUCAAUGUUCUGCUUUUUUUCUAAACAUUUGUGCUCUGUAGUUUAUCAGGAGGAACACAUUAUAGGCCCAUGUCUGUCUUAACAUUUCUCAUUGACAAAAAAAGUAGCAAAAAAAUUAAUAAAUAAACUAAUAUAAAAUAUUACUGUUUGUUUCAGGUUGUAUAUUAG